UGGAGUGGGACGUGGAGCGCGAUCGAAAAUUUGUUGUGCAUCAGUGUUUCUUUGGUUAUAAGUUGUUUUCUAGCGAAUAGUGUACCAACAUGUCGACGUCGGAUAACUUCUUAGUCAUCGAGCCUUCGCAGGAGUUGCGAUUCAAAGGCCCAUUUAAAGAUGAAGUGUCUAGCAGUAGCUUGACCCUUACCAAUACAUCAGACAAGAAGAUCACUUUCAAGAUCAAGACCACUGCACCAAAGAGAUAUUGUGUGCGACCAAACCAGGGUAUAGUGGAGCCAGGAGCCACAGUCAACAUUGCAGUAAUGCUUCAGCCAUUCGAUUACGAUCCUGCGGAGAAAAACAAACACAAGUUCAUGGUACAGACGAUGUUCCUGCCUGAGGGAGAGGAGGUGGAGUUGGAGACCCUGUGGAAGACUGCCAGUCCGGAGCAGAUCAUGACCUCGAACAAGAUGCGCUGCGUGUUCGAGCUGCCGGCGGAUGCACAGGAGGAUCUGGUCAACAGGCCGGAGCCGAAGGACAUGAAGAUGGCGACGGAGGAGCUGCGCAAGCUGCGGGAGGACCUGAGCAGUGCCCGCGGCGAAAAUCUACAGCUCAGGGAGGAAGGCAUUCGAUUGCGGCGCCAGCUGUCGAGUGCGGCCAGCGCGCCGGGCAGCGCCGCUGCCGACGCCGCGCCCGCCGACACCACCAUGUACUAUGUGAUGGCCGCCGUGGCGCUAGUCAUCGGCGUCAUCGUAGGCAAACUUGUCAUGUAGACCGGUCCGAUCCGCCGCCGCCGCCGCUGGCAGAGCAGCAGCACCACCGCCAGCAGCAGCAGCAGCAGCAGCUCUCCCGUACCAAAUCAGAGGCGUGUGCCUGCGCUUGUCCGUCGGUGUGGAGUCGGACCGCGUACGACCCCUCCCCUCGUCCGCCCGCACGCAUCACGGAAUUUCUUAUCUGUCCCCGGUUUCGGCCCCUGCCGCGAUUGAAAUGGCCCGUGAAUCUGGGGGCGAUCGUUGCCGACGGCUCCUCCGACCCCCUCUGCCCGAACCAAGGUAGUGGCGAA